AUGUCGGUUAAUUUGUCAUCAAUGUCCACAGAGGAUCCCUUCGAUGGUGGUACACAGGAAAACGCACCACGCAGUGCUCCUAUAGGCAAGAGCAGCUCGUUGAAGGAUAGUUUUCAAGCUGGAGUCACUCGGAAUGUCCUCGCCAAUGCUGGCAAUUCUGUGUUGAGUGGCGCUCGCGGUGUUGGCAACUACGUCGCUCACAAUCCUAUGCGUUUGAAGAUUUUUUCGUUUGUGGGCUCCCUGGCGGUAUUAACAAUCUCGAUAGUGUCGUUCCUCAAUGUAUUCAAUGUGGCAUCACCAGCUCUAUAUGUUAUGAACGCGUAUAUGAUGAUAUUCGCCUUUGUGCUCGCUGUGGCAGAGUCUAACGCUUCGUGGCCGGGAGUGGAAAAGCUGCAGAAUGUUAUUUACGAGCAAUUUGGAUUUUUGAAGAACAACUUGGGCCGUGGAAUCUUCCUGAUUUUCAUGGGCACGCUAUGGAUCUCGUCAUGGACUUUCUGGCUUGGAUUCGUCGGCCUGUAUCUCUGCUGUGUCGGGAUCGGGUACAUAGUGAUUCACUUCUUACACCACACUACCGAGGAAAGCUCACAGCAUACGCCUUCAGUGCCGACCUCACAACAGUGUAGUGGUAAUGGGCAGUGUGUGAGAGCUGCAGUAUCGGCCGAGAACACCGAGCAUGAUAUUUCGGAAGCAUCAUUCACUUGCCGAUGCUAUGACGGGUUUUUUGGUGUUAACUGUGAGGAGUUGGACGAGCAAGCAGCCAAGCUUGCUGGCGAGAGUGAUGGGUAUCGAGUUGUGCGUCGGACGACGAUUAUCCACCAUCGGUCCCCUUAUAUCUCGCACGGGUACGGGCCCGCGAUAGUCCCCAUGCCGAUGGUCAUUCCAGCGCCGGUCGCCCCGGCACCAGUUAUAAUCAGCGACCCCUAUCCGUCUAGCACGGUGGUCUACAGCAAUGGGGGCAUCUCAUUCUUCCCGAUACUCAUAAUGUCCCUCAUCGCUGUAGCCGUCGUCAUCGCGAUCACCGUCUGCUGUUGUGCAGCAGCUAAUUCACAGUCAACAUCAAGCCAGUCUGUGGUAUAUUCGAACUCCAACGGCUACCAGCGUCCUUUUUUGGCGGACGAAGGGACUACUGUUACCGUGAUCGAGGAAACGUAUGAUGAUGGUAAGGGGCCUCAGACACGACAACAGCAGUCCAACGUCGCCUAUCCGACGCAAGUAACUGCACCAACUGGGCAGGUCAUUUACCAACAGCCCGCAGCUUCUGGAGGAUACCAGCCGAGUCGCUAUGUUGUGAACCCGACUGGAGGACCUACAAUGUACCAGAAUGGACUACACCCACAAACUCAGGCGGCUCCGAUGACUCAGCAAGCUCCUCCCGCAUAUCCCCAGCCGACAGCUCCGCCUGCUUAUAAUCCGGAACUGGUCAGGCAGUGA